ACACUGACGUGUCCAUUGUAAACAAACCCUUGAUUUUUGCAAAAUUUCAAUAGAUUUUAGCUAUAAACCAGAAAAUAACUAAUAGACAGAAAUGCCUUCAAGUUUAAUUGAACUACGUCCUGAUCGCAGGCUCCUAGAUCAUGAAUUUGAAGGUUACAAAUUAGAUUUGCAGGCACUCCCGCAUUUCUCGAGCAGCCUUCCCUUGCCGGUGGACAGAGUGUUUCCCGACGAUGUCCAAUACUCCUUCAUCCACGCGAAACUGUUCGCACUGCACAACCACCUGACUCUGGACUACUGGGAUUACUCUUACAAGUUUUACUACAUCAAUAAUAAGCGACAAGUGUGUCAACAAUCCUUUGAAACGGACAAAACAUUUCGGAGCGCUGUGGUGUAUACCAUCCCAUCUACUGUGGAAAGGAAAUCGGGACAUUUCAACCUAUGUCUUUCUUUCGUAUCUCAAGGGUUGGCUGUAGUGAGCGACGGCGCUGGAUAUCUGCACAUAGUAGAUACCGGCCCGAGAAACAAGCCGGAAGAGAGCAACCAUUGGCAGACGCUCCAUUCAAGUUUAGUGCUGGGUGAAGGUAAAUAUUUCGUCAUUCUCGACUCCAGACUUCAAGAGAAAAACAGCAAGCAAACCCUUCAUUGCUUAUUACAGUCAGUGGAACAAACUGAGAAACACUUCAGUUCUGUCCUCACCUGGGUAUCAUUCGAGAAUACAGACCAUACUUGGAGCCAAGUCAGCUUAAAAGAGCUGAAAGGCAAAGGAAUAAUACAUUAUGCUGCAAUUGAAACCAGCUGUGAAGCUUUGUACAUUGCAUCGGAUAAUGCCUUUACAUUCACACACGAUACAGAGAAAAACAUCACAGAACCUGAAACGGAAGAUUUAAGAAAAAUAAUCUACACUUGGCUGCAAACAUCUGAGGAUAUCACAUUGACAUUGAAACUGGAAGCUGGUUUUGACAAAAAACUGGUGCAUGUUGAUGUUUCCCCCUUACAAAUUAAAGUGAGUUACGCUGGCAAAAGUUUCAUUGAAGGAAAACUUAGGCAUAAAGUUGAUAGUGAGUUUACAACAUGGAACGUCCAAGAUAAUGGUCAAGUUGACAUUCUUGUGACCAAAACUGAGAGUAUGUUAUGGGAUGAACUGUUGGAAGGUGGGGAUGCCAAAGGAGAGCAGGUCAUGGACGCCAGUUUGGUGGAAGAAGCCCACCGGAGGCUGGCGCACCUGUGUGCGGAGACUGAAGUGACGCCAGACCUGACUUCUACAGGAUUGUCCACUCAAGAACUGGAAGAGUGUGAUGCACCAUCUGAGGAAGACACUGUUUUAGUUCGAAUCAAUGCAACAAACCAUCAAAUAACUCACAGAGCACCGCUUAGUGUCCACCAAUACUUAUUUAACAUCAAAAUAGAGACUGAGGAAGUCCCUGCAUUAGCACUACGUCAUGACGUGGACGCUUGUAUCUGGCAGCCGUACAGCCAGCUUAUAAAUGAAAUGUGGCCCGUCAAACAUCAAGGCACCUUGAAGGCAUUUGGGUAUGUGCAAUCUUCAAAACAAAACCGCAAGUUUGUCACCUGCCCACCAAACUUCACUUACAGUGUGGUUUGUGAAGCGUCAAGACACAUAUUCAUUUACCAGAGCUCGGGUAAGCGAGACUGUGAAUUGAGGAAGAGAACAGCAGGUGUAAUGAAACCCAUCAAGGUUGGUCAGCAACAUGUUUUUAAUAUUGAAAACUAUGGUGAAGUUAUUGGCAUAAAUGCUACAAAUGAAUACUUAUUUAUUUUAACUGAGAGUUCAUUGAUUGCUAUUCACAUUGUAUAAAAAAAAAAACAAAGCUAUAAUAUACACAAUAUUGUA